ACCAACGCCACUCCCACGCGGCCCGCCACACCACCACUCCGUACACCGGGGCUCAUAACUCCACACCCACUGACACAUGGGACCCCAGGCGCCCGAGGCGUGGACCAGGUCCACGCGGCGCCGUGGCCACCGGUUCCCUGCUUCCUUCCCUUCUUCCCCACGCGGAGGGUCGCGCUUUCGGCAGCUGCGACCUCGCCAUCUCCGCCCACCGCCAUUCCCCCCACCAAACAAGAGAUUUCCGCCGCGGGUCGCGUCAAAUUCGAGCGGCAUACCUUGCGCCCGUCCACCGGAUUGGUGUGUUCACAUACCUCGCGCCCAUCGACCCGAUUGAGCUUCUUGCUUGUCCAUCGAUCGAUCGAGAAUGUCAAGCCUUGAGGAGCCACUUGGUCUCGGAGACCUGCCAAAGUUGAGUAUUAACAGACUUGAGCGGUUCUCGUCGCCAAGUGCUUGUCGUAGGGCAACAGCUGAUGAUCGCAGCACUGGCAAGUACAAUAACUCCUGCAAUGGUAGCACUCAGAUGAUCUUCCAUGGCAAUUCUCAUCUAUGGCAUCCACAAUGCCAUAAUACUAAUUCGUCCUGUGAUGGAGUGGAACUUAGAGAUCUUCCUCGCAAGGUUCUGAGGGAUCUACCAACGUUUGUGAAGGUAGUUGAAGUUGGACCACGAGAUGGUCUGCAAAAUGAGAAAAGCAAUGUACCAACAUCUGUAAAGAUCCAGCUGAUACAUAAAUUAGUGGCUGCAGGUUUGUCAGUAGUUGAAGCCACAAGUUUUGUAUCCCCAAAAUGGGUGCCACAGCUAGCUGAUGCAAAGGAAGUCCUCAAAGGGAUCCAGCAGGUUCCUGAUGUGCGGUAUCCAGUGUUAACUCCUAACCUCAGAGGAUUUGAGGCUGCUGUUGCAGCUGGUGCAAAAGAAGUUGCAGUUUUUGUAUCUGCCUCUGAAUCCUUCUCUAAGUCGAACAUUAACUGUACUAUUGAGGAAAGCCUUGUUCGGUACCGUGAUGUUACUGCUGCUGCCAAGAAACAUGGAAUACGUAUCCGCGGGUAUGUUUCAUGUGUGAUUGCGUGCCCUGUCGAAGGCACAAUCCAUCCAUUGAAGGUGGCAUAUGUAGCUAAAGAGCUUUACGACAUGGGCUGCUCGGAGAUUUCACUUGGAGACACAAUUGGUGUUGGUACACCAGGUAGUGUAGCUGCUAUGCUUGAAGCUGUCAUGUCCUUUGUUCCAGUAGACAAGAUUGCUGUUCAUUUCCAUGAUACAUACGGCCAAGCCCUUGCCAACAUCCUAGUUUCCCUUCAAAUGGGGAUCAGUAUAGUGGACUCAUCAGUGUCGGGCCUCGGAGGCUGCCCGUACGCAAAGGGCGCCACUGGCAAUGUUGCCACCGAGGAUGUUGUGUACAUGCUCCAUGGCCUGGGGAUAGAGACCAACAUCGACCUCAACAGGCUCAUGGAGGCCGGUGAUUACAUCUCCAAGCAUCUGGGCAGGCCAUUGGGCUCCAAGACUGCGACCGCUCUGCGCAAGCUAGCCAACUAAGUUCCUGAAGAUUAUUUUAUGGGACCCGAAAGAAGAUACAUCAGUUGGUGUCAAUCACACGUAUUUACGCAUGCAGAUCAUACGAACAUCUACGUUCUCAAUUUAGUUUCCAUUUAAGUGAAAGUGCACUGUGAAGGUAGUACACUCAACAACUAAAAUGCGUGAAUACAUGCGCAGACAUGAUUAUGCAUGUUCAUCUGAAGACCAAAAUCAUUUUUGUAUUACCUUUCUUGAUGUAAGUGUGUCACCUUUUACCGGUA